AUGGAUGAAGUAAAGCGUGAUCUCUCCGAUUACUCACGGUCGAUUCUCCUAGCCACGCGCUUAGUCUCAACAAGUCUUUACAUCUUCAUCGCCUGCUUUUCCAUCAAACGGCUCUGCGAUGUCCUCAGCAUCUUCGACGGCUUCAUCAUCUUGAUGUGUCUGACUGCCUUGGUCUACGGCAGUUUAGACGUCAUUUUCCCAUCACUGUUCGAUUCGACACUUUCCUCGUACACGAAUACCAGAUUGCGUUGUGAUGUUAUCCUUUGUCUUGGAUUCACCAUUGCUUCAACUACGCUGAGUAGAGCGGCUUCGAAUGAGACACUGCAUGAGAGCUUAUACUGGGAGAGGGAUAUGGCUUUGAGUGAGAUGCGGCGUAUUCAAUCGACCUUGUCUGCUGUGGUUAGUACAUUUCACAUGGGCAUGUGCAUCUGGCAGCCACUAUAA